CGGCGGUCACCAGACAACAGACGUCACCAAAAUGCGACUCGACGUCUACGUGAUUUUUGUGAGACAGAGGUGUUUACAACAUGGCGUCGGUGGAUUUGAGAGACAACCCGCUGGGAAUAUCCUGGGUCGACAGCGGCUGGGUGCCCAUUCUGAACCCUGGAAAUGUCCUGGACUAUUUUUCUGAAAGAAGCAACCCCUUCUACGACCGAACCUGCAACAACGAGGUGGUGAAGAUGCAGCGGCUCACUCUGGAGCACCUGAAUCAGAUGGUUGGAGUGGAAUACAUCCUACUUCAUGCUCAGGAGCCAAUUCUCUAUAUCAUCAGGAAACAGCAGAGACAGUCUGCUACGCAAGUGAUUCCCUUGGCUGACUACUACAUCAUAGCAGGAGUAGUGUAUCAGGCUCCAGACCUGGGAACAGUCAUUGGCUCCAGAGUGCUUUCUGCCGUCCAUGGGAUCCAGUCUGCGUUCGACGAGGCCAUGUCCUACUGUCGCUACCACCCGUCCAAGGGCUACUGGUGGCACUUUAAAGAUCAAGAGGAGAGAGAAAAAGCCAAGCCCAAGUCCAAGAAGAAAGAGGAACCUAGUUCACUAUUUCAGAGGCAACGUGUGGACACACUUCUUUUGGACCUGCGGUCAAAGUUUCCACCAACAUUUUACCAGCCGAAGCCUGGCGAGAAGCCCAUUCCAGUCGAGGUGAAGAAGGAGCCCGAGCCUCCCACAGAAGCAGUGAAACAGGAGGAGAGGGAGCCCGCCGCCAAGUCCUCGGCCCCGGCUCCUCCAAGCAAACCACCGCCGGAGAAACGAGCGCGGCUCCAGUGACAGCCGGACGUCCCGCGCUCCAGGCAGACGCACAGAGACAGGCUUACAACUCUGCCUGGACGGACAGUUUGACAAUGGGAGCAUUUCUGUUUUCUGUAUUUCUCUCCCAAACCUCAAGACCAUCUGCCACUUUGCUGUUUUGAUCGCUUUGCCAGAGGCUGAGAGUGAACGCGGCACGUCGCCUGUGUCAGCGCCGUGCCAGGACUACUUUUACACUGUAACCUUAGUCUUGUGCACUCGAUAAAUUUGGCAACAUGGACGUUUCAAGCAGCUGUGCACAGGACAGGGGUUAACGGCUUGAUGUCAGCGGGCAGUGUAAAUCUCGGUGUAAAGAAUCCCUGCAGUGUACGCUGAGGAUGAGGAUGAGGAUAAACGGAUGAUGAGCUGACAUCAGCAUCGGUUUCGGCUCACUGUUGACAUCAGCGGCAUGUUUGUGUUGCAAUGACUGCAGAGGAUUGUCUCAUGCCCCAUCUGCUUUAUGAAGACGUGUGUCAUAACAUCAGACGCUCCUUCCUCCCCACCACUUAACCACUCUUUAAUUUAAUUUGGUUUGUGAGAAACAGCUCCGGGCCUCAGAUUGGUUUGUCAGCACGCUGCACAUGUUGAGAAGUUCCUGAAAAAUACACAACUCUUCCCACUGUUUUCUUGAAACACUUUUUAUAUUAAAAUAAAUAUGUUGUAUGAAUUAUGCUAAGGAUUUUUGUUUAUGACCAGCGUAAUAGUUUCUGAAUAAAAUGCUGUGUAAAAUGUACAUGAUGUUAUUUUGACAAUGACUUGUAAUCAAAAACAUAAAGGCUGGAGAGCUUGA